AUGCCGGUUACUGUGUCAUUCAAGACAUUGACGCAAUCGAGUUUCACUAUUGAUCUCGAUGAAGGGCUCACUAUCGCUGAAGUCAAGCAGAAAAUCGCAGAGGGGCGUGGGGAUGAAUUCGCCACAGAUUUGCAAAAGCUCAUCUAUAAUGGAAAGAUUCUUGAUGAUGCCCUUAAAGUUGGAGAUGUUGGAUUCGAAACCUCCAAGUUUGUUGUGGUAAUGCUCACUAAGAGAAAGGUUGCGCCGGCGCCAACUCCUGCUGCUGAAUCUGCUGCCACUCCAGCUCCUGCUGCCCCAGCCGCUACUGCUCCGGCUGCUGCACCAGCUGCCGAAACAGCUUCAGCUCCGGCUCCAGCUCCUGCUACUGAAAACUUCACCGCAUCUCAAGAAAGCUCGAUCGCUGCCAUUACUGGAAUGGGAUAUCCACGUGAUCAAGUUAUUGCCGCCCUCAAGGCCGCGUAUUGGAACGGCGAUCGCGCUGUCGAGUUUCUGCUCAGCGGCAUUCCGGAUUCGGUGGCCGAUGAGGUCCAAAACCCAGCUGGAGAAGACCUUCCAUUCAAUGGAGAAGACGACGACGUGCCAGGAGACCUCAGCGCUCUUCAGAACAUGCCACAGAUGGAGGAAAUUCGCAGCCUUGUGCAACAGAACCCGGAAAUGUUGGCUAUGGUUCUUCAGCAGCUCGCCACUGUCAACCCAUCGCUCGUGCAGGCUAUCCAGAACAACCAACAGCAAUUUAUAAACAUGAUCAACGGUGUGGGAACUGGCGCUACCGGAACUGGUGGUGCUGCGGCCGGAGGUGGCGCCGCUGCCGGCGGAGCCGCUGGAGCACCACGAAGAGAGCAACACGUCAUUGAGCUCUCCGCUACUGAAAUGGCCGCUAUUGAGCGAAUCAAGUCAAUGGGAUUCCAAGUGCCAGACCAAGUUAUUGUUGAGGCCUACCUGGCCUGCGAAAAGAACGAAGAUGCCGCCGUUGACUUCAUCCUGAAUAACAUGGAGCAAUACUUUUUAAAAGGAUGGAUAGGGAAAUCAGCGGCGAUGUUCAGAAUGCCAAAAUUGUCCGAAGACACUUUGAAGGAGCAGGAGGAACGGGCGGAAUAUGUGAAGAAUAUAGGAAUCGAGUAUAGAUUCGGAUGCUAUGAAGAGAAGCGGCCAGAAUCUUGCCAGCUUCUAGGAGAGUAUAUGGAAGCGCUUCAGCAGAACUUCGCCGCGGCAUUGGCGAUCUUCAAGAAGAAUUGCGAGGAGCGUAAAUACCCGAAGAGCUGCUUCAAGUAUGGAAUGUACUUGUUGGCGGGAAAAGGUAAUUUAGAAGAUCCAAGUCUGAAGAAGAUGAUCGAGCCAAUGAAGAUUGCAUGCGACGCCGAUAUCCGUCAAGGAUGUCGAUAUUUAUCGCUGGUCCAUUGGAAUGGCGAGAAGGACCGACCGGCGAAUUCGGAAUUGGCCGAGAAAUAUAUGAGAAGGGCGUGCGAACUUGAAGAUGGUGAAGCUUGCUGGCUGCUGAGUACCUGGUAUAUGGGAAAUAAGGAGAAGUUCAAAACGACGACCGCUGGAGAGCCAAAGGAACUCGACCGCACGUCGCUCGGCGAGCUCAAGCGCGAUAUGAGCAAAUCGCUGGAGUUUGCGAUUCGCGCGUGUGAACUCGACGUUCCGCAGAGUUGCGCGAAUGCCUCAAGAAUGUUCAAAUUGGGAGAUGGUAUUCCGAAAGACCUCGACAAGGCGAAACUAUAUGCCGACAAGGCGAAAGAAAUUAUGGAAACGAUAAAAUCGAAAGAUUCGACCGCUGGAUUCACCGGGUGA